AUGACCCAAAAUUCAAAAAGAGUGCUUACAGCAUCUACGUAUCAGCAACUCGCUCCACCUGCAUGCUACGACACUAGACCUUACCCACCAAAUAUGUCACACGAAAUGCAAAUAUCACAACUCAGGCAUGCCCCGCAACAACUGAUGACCGGUCGUCCUACUGAUAUCAGGAUGGGUGCGCAAAUCACAAUGAGGGACGAUAAGACUAUCAGCAAAACAUGGCAUGACGAGUGGGAGACUGAGCCCAGACCAUUCGGUCCUAGAAGACCGUUGGCGCUGCUCAACCAGCCUGUGCAAAUCAAUCUUCGAACACAUCCUCGCAACGCCAAACGUGUUUACCUCAACCACUGGGAUCGCCAACACGAACCGAACGGCACCUUUGCACAACGGCUGGUGAUAGAAAAGCAGCAGGUCAGGAUGGACAGGCGCACUCAGAUAAUAAGGGCUGAGCAUCAAGAUGAAAGGCGCAGAAAAGUGAAGCAAGCGGCAAUGAACGCGGACGUGAUCGACCUUACCGGAGAUGGCACAACAGAUGAAAAGAGCUCAUGGAGACAUGACUCUGUCGGACAUGUAGGAUUUUCUGGUUCCUCUGGAGAGAUGAUUCACGCCUGGGAUUAUUCAUGGCAGCUAUAG